AUGGAGAACCACUGCAAAAUUCAUGGUAAUAAAUCUGAUAAAGAAGCAAAAAUUAGAGCUUUGCAGAAAGCACAAAUGGAAGAACUUAUAAGGACCAAAGAUUUGUACAAAAAUAUCCAAGAAAGAGUUCGGGAAGCCCAAAAUAUAAAUCAGAUGGAGAUAGAACAACUCAAAAAUUACCUGAGGGAAAUAGAAAAUUUAAGCUUGACUACACUCUAUUUCAAUCAGGCCACUUCCUACAAAGAACAUCAUCUGGAUUUGAUCAAUUGGUGGUAUGAGGGUACAGGUUUAUUUUAUCACCCUACAGUUCCCAAAUCGAUUUCUGUUUACAAGGACUUUCAAGGGAAAGUGUUCAUCAUACCCGUAUUAAAUGAAGCCGAUUUUUUUCUUGGCGACGUAGCCUUAACCUUCGAGCGAUUGAAUUUCGUGGAAUUUUCAUUUAUAACUCUUGCUGAUAGCGGGGCAUUUGUCACCCACGCUCCUGGAAAAUUGAACGAAGCCUUGGCUUUGCUGCGACCUUUUCAUUGGCAGGUUUGGCCUGCAAUUGGUGUCACUUUCAUCAUAGUAGGCCCAGUAUUGUAUGCUAUAAUAGCACUACCCAAUACAUGGCAGCCUAGGUAUAGAGUUACUUCGCAGGCUAAACUCUUUUUUGAGUGUACUUGGUAUACCAUCACUAUACUUCUAAAGCAAAACAGUGGAAAGGAACCCAGUUCAAGCCACAAGGCAAGAUUCCUAAUAAUUUUGCUGUCAAUAUGUGCAACCUACGUUUUGAUUGAUAUGUAUUCAGCUAACUUGACUUCGUUGCUAGCUAGACCAGGAAGAGGACCGAGCAAUUUUCAUUUGAGCGAAAAAUUGAACACUGCAUAUUCAGCCAUAGCUUUUCAGCUUGGAUGUCCCUACAUUGAGGAAGUUAACAAAAUAAUAGCGAAAAUCACAGAGGAUAACGAAAAGUUAAAACCGAUCAGUCUUAAAAUGCUUCAAGGCUCGUUUUACCUGCUCUGUUUCGGCAUCGCUGUAUCGGGAAUCGUAUUGGCCUUCGAAAUUUUUGUUUACACCAAGUACAAGAGAUGCAGGAAGAUCGCCAGGAAGAAAUUAGGGCGCGUUCACAGAGCGACCAAAAAAAUUAAGUGGAAGUUUAGAAGUUUUGUUUCUCACGUGCAUAGACAGUACAGAGAAUGGAUUCAGGAUGCUUACGUUGGUACUCUGGAAUAUUUAGAAUAA